UUUUUUUUUUUGAGAAUUUGGUUUUACAUCUUUGACCGGUCGUCUCAUAUCUCCCGAUCAGUGUCGGAACAAAGAUGCAGAAGCUGAACGAGUUCUUGUCUGGUGGCGGAGGAGACGGCGAAGGGACAAACGAUAGCUUCCUUGAAGAUGGAUCGGAGGGUCUCUGUUCUCUCUCCACAACUCAGAGAAUGUACGGAUUCGCGGCAUCUUUGGGCGCUGGUUUACUGCUCAUGUUUCUGUCAAUGAUCGUGUUUGUUAUCCCCAUCAAGUUUGCACUGCUCUUCACUUUCGGAAAUGUUCUCGCUAUUGGAAGCACAGCCUUCCUCAUGGGACCUGAGCAACAGAUAAACAUGAUGUUGGACCCUGUUCGUUUCUACGCUACUUCCAUCUACGGCGGAUGCGUCCUUCUUGCUCUCAUUUGCGCUCUCUUGAUCCACAGCAAAAUUUUGACAGUGAUUGCGAUCCUAUGCGAGACUUGUGCGCUUAUUUGGUACAGCCUCAGUUAUAUCCCCUUUGCACGAAGAAUGGUCUCUGAAAUCAUGAUCCGUCUCUGCGACACCGAGCUAUAAGCCAAUCUCACUUCUUGAUUUUUUUUUUUUUUGGUUUGACCUGAUCCGGUGGUUUGCGCAUGAAUCACAAGUAGUGCAAAUUGAGUUUCUGUUUGUUGCGAUCUUGAAGCUCUUGUGUGUGUGUGUGUGUGUGUGUGUGUAUUUUUUGUUGCUUCAAACCCUUUCUCAGCUUCUGACUUAACAGUCGUUUGAUAUUGGGAAAUGUAAAAACUUGAGUUAUGAGUGAUCUCUCCUUUUUAUAGCUGUAA